UAUCAGUGAUGCAGUUAAGAUCAUGACGGGAGAGGUUAAUAAAACUAACCAACAAAGAAGAGAAGCCAUCAAAAAAGAAGUUUUCCUCAGAUUUAAAUCUCUUUGCACAGAUGAUCAACCGAUAUCAGCCACAGGGUUAUUUGGUGAUAAUUUGGCUGAUAAAAGUAAAAAUCUGGAUGCAUCUAAAUCAGUACAGAUGACCCCUAAAGGAUCAAAUAAGAAGAAUUUUUAAUUCAAACGAGGGGGGGAAAGACCAUCAGAUCAAAGGCCACAGACACAGAACCGAUUCCCUCCCUCUCAUCCACAGUCAACAUCACACAGUCACUGGAAACAGCCAGUAACAAAAUACAGAAAUUCAGAAAAGAGCUUCGGGAAUUUCAAGAAACCAAGGACAUAUCCCCCAGGCCAAAAGAAAAGAACAAUGUAAAUCAGCAUUCUCAUUCCAAAGAUCUUACAGAAGGUAGAGACAGACAGGGCAGAGGCUCUCUUAGUGGCACCAAUAUGGAAAACGCAGAAUUGGUGGCCUUAUCUACAAAAAAUGUUGUGCCAGAAUUGGCUAAUACUUCCUCCAGCCAGAAAAAUCUUGCGACUUCAGCACAAACCGGAGCACAAACAUCCGCUGAAACAUCUGAGACUAGGUGUUUUUCGUAUAUCAGGGACGCAUUACGAAAGCAAAACAUCGUGGACGAGUCAGCAAAUAUCAUAAUGUCAUCAUGGCGCAAAUCUACCAAAAAGAUAUAUGCUGUUUAUAUUAACCGCUGGAUUAAGUUUACUGAUAAAAAUAAUUUUAAUCCACUGGCGCCUAAACCUGCUAAUGUGAUAACAUUUUUAACCUCUAUGUAUAAUUCAGGUCUGGGAUACAGUGCCAUUAAUACAGCGAGAUCAGCUAUUAAUCAGUUAGUUCACAUGUGUUCGGGACUGGAUUUUAAGUAUUGUACUGUAAUAAAUAAAUUUAUGAAGGGUGUGUUUGAAUUAAGACCUGCUUUACCAAAAUAUAACCAUAUAUGGGAUGUUCAGUCAGUUCUAGAUUUUAUUAAACAAUUACCAUCAGAGUUGACAUUGAUGACAUUAACAGGAAAAUUGGCAGUAUUGUUUUUAUUACUAACAGCACAACGCUGCCAAACAUUACAUUUAAUUUGUUUAGAAGAUAUCAUAUUUGUAGAUAAUAAAAUGAUCAUUAAACUUAACCAUAUGUUAAAACAGUCUAAGCCAGGCAGACACCCCGCACCAUUACAUCUAAACGAAUAUUCAGCAGACCAAAGGUUGUGCAUAGUGACAGUAUUCAAGGAAUAUAUUGAGAGGACGAAAAGUCUAAGAAUGAAUAAUAAACUUUUGAUUGGGACACAAAAACCCCACAAAUCUGUAACUAAGUCAACUGUUGCUAGGUGGAUAAGAAUGUUUUUGAAUAAGGCUGGGGUACUAGAGCAUUAUACUCCCCAUAGUAUAAGGACAGCAGCAGCAAGUUCUGCAAACUCUAGAGGCAUUCCUCUUUCUUGUAUACUUAAAACUGCGGGCUGGCAAAAUGCUAGAACAUUUAAUAAAUUUUAUAAUAAACAGAUUGUGGAAGAUCAUACUAUGCAAAUGUGCUUACUGGAUUAGUAAAUUGUCAUAAUUUUAAAAUGUGCUUUGCCUUGUAUUCAGUGUUAUACUUUACAUGUACAUGAUUUCAAAAAAUUAUUAUUUCAAAUACAAGUAUAACACCAUAUGGAAGUUAUUUGUCAAAUCAUUUAUUUUACAAAAA